AAUCAAACGCAUCAUCAAGGCACGCAUGAUUGUCAAAGAUUAUAAAAUUAUAUAGGGUGUUGUUUUAAUUGCUAGUAGUUAGACAAAAACGACCAAAGUCCAAUUUUAUAAAAGUUAAUAAAGGCUCUUUGAAGCUUUGUGAAAUGGGGAGCUAUUUGUCAAUCAACUUGGAAGAACAGUACAGAAACAAUGAGAAAUUCCUCCAGAGUCUCAAUGAAAUUGCAAUGGAAAGACAAAUUCAGUUGAAGAACCAAUUGGCUGAAAGGCAGCGGGCUAUAGAAAUUGCUAAGAGUAGAGAUUUAUUCCUUUGGACCACAGCAUUUUCAUUUGCAGCAGCUGUAGGUUUAUUUACGGGGUUCAGGCGCACUAAGAGGGCAUAUUUCUUAUUUCCAUUAUUGCCGCUUACUUUCGUAAAUCUGUAUUAUUUGGAUCUUGCAUAUGGAAACAAAAUUCACCGUAUUAGAAUGGAAGCAGAGCAUAUUAUGACUCAUGAAUCAGAUAUGCUGGAGCUACCGUGUGGGUUGCCAACACCAUCUUCAGUCGACCAAGGCCGCAUGGAUGAAGAGGAAAAGAAAAAGAUACAUCCUCCAAUGCCUUAAUCAAAACUCAAUGAAUAUCGUUGCCAUGGAGUGUGCCUUCACUGCAUUGUAGUUUAGAAGGCUUUUUAGAUUUUUCAACAUAAUAUGUGCUAGUUCGCUUUUAAAAUCUAAAUCUCAUGACAUAAUAAGUGUGCAAGCAUUCCAAAUCAAGGGAGAUCGCCCAAUACAACUUUUUGCACUGAUACAGUAGCCAUACAUAGCCACAAAAAGGUCGCUACACAGUAUCAAUGCAUUGCUGAGCCAUGAUCCUUCGCCCAUGAUUGUAUAGCGCUGCAUUGACGAUUCAGAAUUGCGUUCAAGUGGCCGUAUUGGUACAAAAAAUCGUCGUGUGAGAUAUCCUAGAUAAUAAUUAUAUUCCAAAAUGUACCUAAGUCAUUUGUGUGUAAUAAUACUAAUAAUGCUUGUUCCAUAUAACAAAAAUAUCAUAGGUGUUAGGGACUUAUUUUAAGAUGUACUUAUAUUCAAGUAGUACCUGUUGUUUUAUAUUGUAGAAGGUGGGCGUAAGUUGGUGCAAUGAUGCCAAUAGUACCUGUUAUUUUGUAUUGUAAAAGGUGUGUUUAUGUUGGUGUAGUGAUGCCUAAGCAAUAGGCAUAGCUCUGAAACAAUUGCUGUAGGGACAUAUGUACAAUAAUGCAUUUAGUGCUUUAUCUCAGCAUUAAUUGGUUUAAAAAGGCGGAUACUUAAGUGAAGUCUUAUUUAUUUUCAUAUAUUUUUUUUAAGUUAAGUAGCACCUUUGUUACAAAUAGUCAAACAUUUUUUAACUAUAUUUUUAUAGGUACUAUAUACUGAGUUAUUAAACUUUAUUAAUUUGUUAAAGAUUAUUAUGUUAUAUUUUAUAAACGCACAUUAAUUGAGAUUGCCAACUGUAUGACGUGGUUAUAUAUUAUGUAUAAAUAAGAAUUUGAUAAUAUCAUUAAAGUUUAUAACUUAAAAAUAAAAUUGCCAAUUUCCAAUUUCAUAAGUAUUAACUAAAGUUUAGGAUUUCAGCGUUAAAGUUACCUAUUAAUGUUACAUCAAAUAAAUGGUUAUUAUU